CGGCCCAAGUCUGGGUCUCUUCUACCCUGGCCCUCUUUCCUUGCUAUGGCUUUCUCUCAGCCCCCACCUCGCUGGAGUCAGUCAUAACUCAGGGUGUCCCUUCCAGGACCUCAGGGCGCUGUGCCAGCUUCCUCGCGGCCCCCUCCCCUCGCGCUCCUCCCACCUCUGAUGUUGCUAGGUGCCAUCUCCAAGACGCCCACAGGCUCCGCCUAUCUGGCCGCGCCCCCGGGAAUCCGAGAGCUGUUUAAGCCGGAAGAAGAUUAGAAAACUUUUAUUAGAAAGGCUGAGGCCUACAGAGGGGAAAAGGACUUGUCCGGUUUCCACAGAGAGGCAGGACCAUAAUGGAACCAGAACAAGGCUCCCACCUCCUACGCUGGAGGUCAAACGAGGGCUCUGCGAAUCUCACAACAAACCUUAAACGGCCACCGUGACGUUGCGCCGCGGAAUGCGCGGAGGUGGCCAGACACGCCACCGCCCACCCACUUCCGCCCCUCAGAAGCAUGGCGGCCGCGUAGCCCGCCCCGGAUUGGGCUUUGGCGGCCGCCUCUGGACAGGUGGUGGCCGCGAUUGGCCGCAGGUUGGCUGACGUCAGAGGGCGGGGUCCAGGCAGUGAAUGGGCGGCAGCAUGCCGCCGCCCGGCCUCUUGGGCCCUGGGCUGUGGAUGAAUAGGGCCAUGAGCUGGUUGGUUUUGGAACCUCGACCCCCGGGGAAACGGUGGCUGGUGGCCGGCCUGGGGAACCCCGGACUGCCCGGCACGCGGCACAGCGUGGGCAUAGCAGUGCUGGGACAGCUGGCACGGCGGCUGGGUGUAGCUGAGAGCUGGGCGCGCGACCGGCGCUGCGCCGCCGACCUCGCACUGGCUCCGCUCGGGGAUGCCCAGGUGGUCCUCCUCCGGCCUCGGCGGCUUAUGAACGCCAACGGACGCAGCGUGGCCCGAGCCGCGGAGCUGUUCGGGCUGACUGCUGAAGAGGUCUACCUGGUGCAUGAUGAGCUGGACAAGCCCCUGGGGAAACUGGCUCUGAAGUUGGGGGGCAGUGCCAGGGGCCACAAUGGAGUCCGUUCCUGCAUUAGCUGCCUCAACUCUAGUGCAAUGCCGCGGCUGAGGGUGGGCAUCGGACGCCCAACACACCCCGACGAGGUGCAGGCUCACGUGCUGGGCUGCUUCUCCCCAGCAGAGCAGGAGCUGCUGCCUCCACUGCUGGAGCGUGCCACUGACUUGCUCCUGGAUCACAUCCGGGAGCGAAGCCAGGGGCGGCCCAUGCUGGGCAUCUGAUGCCAUGGACAUGGCUGCCAACCUGACUGCGAUGCCCAUAUGCUCACCCAUGUCCACAGAGCUGCCACGCCAACCUGCAGUAUCCACUCUUUAUAUAACUCUUUUUCUCUGGGUUGCUGCAGGCAGCCCAUGGAAUAAAGGGGGGACUGUGGCCAGAAUGGUCCAUUUCUGGGGUAAGGAGUUAGUCUUCUUUCAAUAUCCUACUUAGGAUGCACGCAAACUUCAGGAAGACUGAAUUUUUUGAGCCUUCUUGGAUAACCGAAGCAGUGAACCUGUAAGAUUAAAGAUGCAGGCUUGGAAGCUGAGGCUUCCUCUGGGAUGCCUACCCUUACUCUGCCUGUAAGGGAGGAAAUGCCUUAGUUGAUUGAGGCCUUGCCACACCUUUCUUCAGCCCAUUUUACAGAUGGGGAGAUGGAGGUUCAGAGCAUUCCAGCCACAUCCGCAUGGUCACACAGCUGCGGUGUGGCAGAGUCCUGAUUCACGCUCAGGGCUGGCUGCACCUGGGGCCCCUGGCACCCUCACCUCAGGGUUGCUGUAUGCCUGGAGGGUUCCUACGCGGCUGGUGUGUGAAAGCAGCCUGAGGUCCUGAGGGUUGGGCGGGAUGUGGGUCCGGCGCGGCACCAGGCCCAGGUCCCCUGGCUGGUAAGGGGUGAUGCCAGACAGCUGCUGCAGCAGAGACCCCAUCUUGGGUAGUUGGGUGCUGGGCAGGCUGUGAGGAGGGGGCUGGCGUCAUCACCUCCAUUUCAUACAUGAGGAGGCUGAGGCUCAGAAGCUUUUUGGAGAACCAGGCUUCUGGCCCGUGAUUGGCUGGGGACAGCCCCUGGAUGUGUCCCAUGGCUGCUUCCCUUUGCCAUGCUCCCCCUGACUAUCUUCUCUGAGGCCACACAUGGCCACCUGCUCACCUCUCCGUGGGUAGGCCUUGGAGAUGGGCCUCCCAGUGGGAAUACACAGCCAUCUGUGGGUUCAGGGCUAUGGAUGAGCUGAGCAUGGCCAGCAGCUGCUGCAGCAUCUCUUUACGCUGCAGCUGGAAGACCACAUCGAAGUCCCCAUUCUCCUGCUCUUCUGAGUGCAUCUGCCGGCAGGGGUGAGCUCGUGGGGUCAGGCCCAUAGUGGCCCCAACACCCACUGUAGGAAACCCCAACCCCAGUGCCCAUUUUUUCAAAAGUGAGACCCAUCCUUUAAAUGGGAGGACUGAGGCCCAAGGCCUUUGAGGCCCUCAGAGAAGAAACCCAGCUCUUGUGAAACACUGAAGGGCUCCUCCAGAACCAGAAGAGGAUGGGCUUGCCAGGGAUCUCUCCGGGGAAGAGGGGGCCUCUGACCCGGCCCAGCCUCCUCCAACAGCUCCCAAGCUAUUCUCUUAGCAGCUUCUGACCCUGGCCAGCCUCUUGCUUUCACCACUUCCUGCUCACCUGCACAAUGUCCUGUAGAAAGGAGGUGGCCUGGUUCAGGGUCAUCUCCAGGCUAGCCCGAACCUUCUGCUCUUGGGUCAGCUCCUGCUGCAGCUGCUGCACCUUGGCCUGCUGCUGCUCCAUUUGCAGGUUCAGCUGCUCUUUCUGGCUCCUGGGUCCAGGAUGGGACAGUCAGCAGCCCUCCUGCCUCCUUGGGCCCUGCCAUCUCUCUGGCCCCAGAGGAGCCAGCAUCCAGCCCCAGGCCUCAUCCUGUCUGACAGAUGAGGCCUCUCUUAAGAGGAUGUCACUGACCCAUAUCAUGUGACAAACAAGGGACUGAGCUCAGUCCUGCCCCCCCCGCCCCCCGCCAUGGGCCCCACCUCAGUGCCUGGUUGUCCUUCUGCAGUUGCUGGACCUUCUGCUCCAGGUGACCCAGCAGUCGGUGCAGCUUUCUCACCUCUGCUGUGCCCUGUUGCUGCUGGCGACACUUCUCAGUCAGCAUGAAGAUGAUCUGCAGGGGCGACAGGGGCCUUUAGCCAGCCUUGCCUCCCCAGCUUCACACCAUCAGAGUUCCUUGACCGUUUGGACAGAGGCCAGCCAAUGCCCCAGGAGAGGGAAUAACCAGCUGGGGGGCCCAGCACCACUGCUGGGCAGAGCCCCAAACUUCCCAGGGAUAGGCUUCACUCUAACAAGUUGUGGGGGCUCUAAAACAAGUGAAGAAAAACCGGAGCUGGGCCCAGCAUCCUGCAGCCCCCAUGGGGGGACCCUCCCCUCACUGCUGCAUCUCCCCAUUAUUUUUCCAGCCCGGGGUCUACCCUGCCAGGCUGUUCCCUUCCCCCAGUAGAGCAGGGCCCCUAGGGUUCCCUCCUCUGUGUGCCAUACGCCCUGUGACAAGGGCUGGGUGGGCGCACCUUCUGGUGACCUCUGCUUUGCCUGGCCAUGACCUUCUGGGUGUCUUCCAGCAGCUCCACCUGUUUGUACAGGGUGCCUUGGAUGCCCUGGAGCUGUUCGUUCUCUUGCAGCAGCUGCAUGCCGUGCCGGGACAGCUUGGACAGCUGUAUGGAAAUGGUGCUGUUCUCCUGGAUGGCCCGCUUUGUGGUCUCCCACAUCUGACUGCUGGCUACCUUGCGGAACUCAUUGGCCACCACGUUCACGCGCUGGAUGAUCUCCUUCUUUAGUCUGGUCAGGAAGGGCAGGAGUGAGUGGGAACCAGGCAGGGUGGGCGCAGGCCCCGGCACCCCUCAUGUCCUGUGAGGGCAGGACCACAGGAGGGGGCGGGGCCACGGGCAGGAAUUGUUUCACUGUAGACCCUUUUGUACCUUUUGAAUUUUAAACCGUAUCAAUGUAUAAUUACCUAUUAAAUAUAAUCUAAAUCA